AGGAGGCGGUGUUCUGUGUGUGCGUGCUUGGAAGACGAAAUCGAGGGGGAGAGAGAGAGAGGGCGAAGAGCCAUGAUCGGCGUAGGAAAGAUCAAGCAGUACGCCAACGUGCUCGAAAAGCCUCUCAGCAGAGGCCGGCAGGAGGUCAGCCUGAGUGCGUUUGCAUUCUUGUUCUCAGAGUUAGUUCAGUACAACCAGACUCAAGUUGAUAAUAUUGCAGAGCUAGAGAGAAGGCUUGAGGAUGCUGGCUAUGCUGUUGGUGCAAGAGUUCUUGAGCUUCUUUGCCAUAGAGAGAAGGGUAACAGAAGGGAGACACGAUUACUUGGGAUUUUAUCUUUUGUGCAUAGCACAGUUUGGAAGGUGCUUUUCGGAAAGGUGGCUGAUUCGCUUGAGAAAGGAACUGAACACGAAGAUGAGUACAUGAUAAGCGAAAAGGAGCUUCUGGUCAACCGAUUUAUAUCCAUACCAAAGGACAUGGGAGCAUUCAAUUGUGGGGCAUUUGUUGCAGGAAUUGUCAAGGGUGUCUUAGAUAAUGCAGGUUUUCCUGCUGUCGUGACAGCGCACUUUGUCCCUAUGGAGGGCCAACAGCGACCACGAACUACAAUUUUGAUAAAGUUUGCAGAAGAGGUACUCCGUAGAGAAGCAAGACUAGGCUGAUGUCGUAUGCUAGCUGAUGUUAUCUAUCUAGUGGGGAAUCCUGACGCACUUUUUGAAUACUUCGACAGCAGCACUAAAUGUAUGACGAUAUUCUCGAUGACUUUCCAAAAGUUGAUGUCUUUCUUUGUGUGUAAGCUGACGUUGAUCGUAUGAUGCAAUUAUGAAACUCCAAUUUCAUCUGAAUUCUUGUAAA